AUGAGCGAUUUAAGCGUUGCCUUUGCUGCAGAUAGUAUCUGCCAUUUUAGUAAACCUUGCUGCUGCCAUCAGCACAGGGAGCAGCAGCAAGGAAAGCAGCAACAGAGGCAACAGAAGCAACAGAAGCAACAGAAGCAGCAGCAGCAGCAGCAGACACCAGAAUUCAACCGUCUGCGUGCGCGGAGCUGCAGCACGUGCAAAAGCAGCAGCAGCAGCAGCAGCACUCGUGUCAGUAACGCCCACUGCAAUAGCCUGCGCCUGUACUCUUCCCACGUACCAAGGGCCCCCCAUCAUGUUGUGGGCCCCACUCAUGCUGGGGUUGGGGACCCCUCCAUUGCUGGGGGCACACCUGAUUCACUGGGUACCCCAGAGGGGGCCCCUGGGGCCCCUAACGGUGCGUUGAAGGUCUGCUUCUACAGACGAAGCAUCUCUUGCCGACCUAGCAGCAGCACCUCCUGCAGCAGCGACACGCCACGGGUGGACGACAGGCAGCAACUGCAGCAGCAACUGCAGCAGCAACUGCAGCAGCAAGUGCAGCAGCAAAUACAAAGCUGGUCUGCUCAAUGUGCGACAGAAGCAAACCCUCUGCAGCAGCAUGUCGAACUGUAUAGGCAGCAGCAACAACAACUGCAGCAGCAACUGCAGCAGCAACUGCAGCAGCAGCAGCGGCAAAAAGCAGAGAAAUUGCGACAGGCGUUGAGGAAACACCAAUUCGCUACUGACCGAGCUGUGGUAGAGUUGGAGGAAGCAGAAGCUGCUACUGCAGCAGCAAUAAAUGCAACAGCAGCAAAGAUAAAGGAAGCAGCAGCAGCAGCAGCAGCAAACACUCAGCUGUCUCUGCAGCUGCAGCGAAGUAUAGAUGAAGCCACCCACACCAUUCUUGAACAAGAAGAUGAUCUCAAGGCCGCCAUUCAACAACUCACAGAUGCCGACAAAAGACAACUUCUAUCUUCUUGUACAGAGGAUUCAGUGGCGGGAGAACAGGAAGAGGCAGUAAUCGACGAGUUCAUUGACGAGGAAACACUGGCUGUUGGCGCAGAGCUGCUUCGAGUGUCUGAAGACCUUAAAAAGACGAAGGAGGCUGAGGAAGAAGCAGCUGAGAGAGUUGAGCUGCUGCAGCAGCAACUGCUGCUGCUGCAACGGGAAAGACACAAAGAAACGCUCUAUAAACGCAUGCAGCAGCUGCAGCAAAAGUACGAGCAAAUAGGACAAAGGCAGCUAGAGUUGCAGCAACUGCAGCACUGGUGGGAGGCAUACGGAGAGCGGCAGCUGCUGCAUGAGCAGCGGCAGGCAGAGUUGUUGCAGCAGCCUGCUGUCUCGCCGCUUGCACACAAGACAGGCAAGAUCUACAACAGCAGCAAUGUCUACAGCAGCAGCAAGAUAUACAGCAGCAGCAGUAAUAUGUACGGGAGCACUAAGCUCUGCAGCAGCAGCACCAAGCCCUAUAGCAGCAGCAGCACCAAGCCCUACAACAACAGCAGCAGCAACAUAGCUAUGUACACAAGAACCCCCACCAAGGUGUGCAGCAACAGCAGUAACUACCACGGCACCUGCAGCAACAGCAGCAAUAACAGCAACAGCAGCAGCAGCAACAGCAACAGCAGCAGGAGGGAUACUAGGCCAUAA